GCGGUCACACUGUCACACUAACGCUUUGAAAUCGGGUUCGUCAUACACAGAAUUUUUUGCAUUUCUAGUUAAAACAAAAGUCUAAAUAUAAUUUAAGGAAUCAUCGAACAGUAGAACACUAAAAAAAGUUAAUAAGUAUAAAGUACCGCUCAAUAAGACUUAGCAACAACAAGAAUAAGAACAACAACUAAGCAGAAUGGCUGUUAACGUUUACUCCACAAAUGUGACAUCAGAGAACCUUUCGCGGCAUGACAUGCUUUCCUGGGUUAACGAUUGCCUGCAAUCGCAAUUCUCCAAAAUCGAAGAGCUCUGCACGGGCGCCGCAUAUUGUCAAUUCAUGGACAUGCUGUUCCCCAAUUCAGUGCCCGUGAAGCGUGUCAAAUUCCGCACUAAUUUGGAGCACGAAUAUAUACAGAACUUUAAGAUACUGCAAGCUGCCUUCAAAAAGAUGUCCGUGGAUAAGAUCAUACCAGUUGAUAAACUUGUGAAGGGACGAUUUCAAGAUAAUUUCGAGUUUUUGCAAUGGUUCAAAAAGUUUUUCGAUGCCAAUUACGAUGGACGCGAAUAUGAGCCAUUGGCUCAGCGCGGCGGCAUCAAAAUGGGCAGCGGCAAGGGACCGGGCGGCAACAGCAAUGGCGGCAGCGGUGUGGGCAGCGUCCACAGUGAUAUACACACGAUGCAUCGACGGAGAAUACAGGCGCCACAAUCCAAUCGCCUGUCACCCAGCGUACCCGCGCAUCAAACGGCAGUCUCCAAGGUGCUGCCGCGCACGAGCAGCGCAGUGACGCACAGCAGAGUGGCCACAGCCACCAAUAUUACAGGGACAGUGAAGAAGAAUGAUGCAAACCAUGCUGUAAAUACACAGCAAAUCGAUGAGCUGUCCAAUCAGGUCAUGGACAUGCGCCUAAAUCUGGAAGGUUUGGAGAAGGAGCGCGACUUUUAUUUCUCAAAAUUGCGCGACAUUGAAAUACUUUGCCAGGAGGCCGAGGAGGGUGAGACCACUCCGUUGGUGCAAAAGAUUUUGGACAUACUCUAUGCGACUGAGGUAGGAGCUACCGCAGCAUUGUUACCCAACGAUGCACCACCAGAAGAAGAGGAGUAUUAGGAGUAACAUAUACGAAAAAAAGAAGAAAAAAGAAAACAACCAGCCCACGACAACACCACAACUGCAACACUCUAUGCAAAACAUUUUCAAAACCCUCCAGCAUGAGGAUACACCAAGACAGACACAACACACGGCACGCACGCAUUCGUGUUGUAUGAUAACCCCACAAGUAAUUUCCACAUAACAAGGAUACCCCUCACCACGAAUCGAACCAGCAGCAACUCCCCUGAACAUUUUGCAAAUUGUUCUUUAUUAUUUCGUUAGUAUUUUGGAUGUUGCUCUCGUGCUCAAUUAUCAAACGGAAACAGUGUUUACAUUGGCAAGCGGUCGGUCGCGUUCCAUCAGCUAUUGCUUGGUCCUCGUAGCAUUUGUAUUUAGUAAUUAAAAUGUUGUUGUUUUUUUGGCAGAAUAAACGUUAACUAAAUUGUAAACGGACCACCUAAUGGAUGUGCUCCAUGACACGGCACACUUGUUGUUCGAGCUAACAAAAGUUUAAAUGUAUUCGCUAGUUCAGCCUUCGAUUCAGACUGUCUUCUCUUGUGUUUUUGCACACUUUACAAGCAAAAUUUAAGUCAUAAUUUGUAUACAAUCCGUAGUUUCGCCCCCACUUUGAUGGUUUUAAGUAAUUGUAUGUGAAAGAUCAGAUCUACUGAAUCCAAUUUGUACAAUGUAAUAAUGUUUCCUCUAAUUUCUCAAAAAUUCAUAACCAAAAUUGGCUGCAUAACAUCAUAAAUACGAAAUGAAUCCUAGACCUUAAGUGAUUCUUUGCUCUCAAUUCAUUUUAGUUCUAUAUUUAUGUGUAGAACAAAUUGAACAAUGUU